GCUUCCAGGCUGGGCUGGGCUGCGUUUCCUCACAAGACCCAGUCUUAAUAGCAACUCCCCGGCUGCCUAAAGUGUUACAUUUUGCUCAUUCCCAAGCCUUCUCCCCCACCCCUUUCCCAGACAACUUGCUGGUGAGCAGGGGGUGUUGUAAGCCACCUCCAGCCUCUUCCUUUGGUGACUGCUGUUAAGCAACUUUCAACUUCUUUCAUUGCAACGGUAUGGAGUUCCUCCGGAAGCCCAGGAGCCACCCAGCUGCUUUUCUGCCUAUCUGCUGGCUCCUUUUGAAGAUUCUGCAACUGGGGCACUGCUGCUCUUACAACAACCGCUAUGCUGGUGAUAAAGUAAUAAGACUCAUCCCCAAAUCUGAAGAGGAAGCACUUGCACUAAAGAACAUAUACCACCAACUUAAGGUGGACCUGUGGCAGCCCAGCAGUAUCUCCUGUGUGUCAGAGGGGGCAGUUACUGAUGUCCAUAUUCCCAAACAUGCUUCCAGAACCCUGUUAGCGUUCUUACAGGAAACCCACAUCCAGUACAAGGUCCUCAUAGAAGAUCUUCAGAAGGCAGUGGAAAAUGAAAACAGCUUACAAACCCAGAGAAGCCGACGAUCUCCAUCUGAAUACAACUAUGAAGUGUAUCAUUCCUUAGAAGACAUUCAGAGUUGGAUGCACCAUCUGAACCAAACUCAACCGGGCCUCGUUCGGGUGUUCUCUAUUGGAAGAUCAUAUGAAGGAAGACCUCUCUUUAUUAUACAGCUGGGAAGAAAAUCACGAGCCUACAAAAGAGCUGUUUGGAUAGACUGCGGCAUUCAUGCGAGAGAAUGGAUCGGUCCUGCCUUUUGUCAGUGGUUUGUUAGAGAAGCCAUUCUGACCUACAAGACUGACCCAGCGAUGAGAAAAAUGUUGAAUCAUCUGUAUUUCUAUAUCAUGCCUGUAUUUAAUGUUGAUGGAUACCAUUUCAGCUGGACACAUGAUCGAUUCUGGAGAAAGACACGGUCAAGAAACUCUAAGUUUCACUGCCGUGGAGUUGAUGCCAAUCGCAACUGGAAAGUGAAAUGGUGCGAUGAAGGAGCCUCUGCACACCCUUGUGAUGAUACAUACUGUGGCCCUUUCCCGGAAUCUGAGCCAGAAGUGAAGGCUGUAGCUCACUUCCUUCGAAAACACAGGAAGCGCAUUAGGGCAUACCUGUCUUUUCACGCCUACGCUCAGAUGUUGCUGUAUCCCUAUUCUUACAAAUACGCGACAAUCCCCAAUUUUAGCUGUGUGGAAUUUGCAGCUCACAAAGCUGUGAAGGCACUUCGGUCGGUACAUGGGAUACGGUACAGACAUGGCCCUGCCUCCCAAACACUGUAUGUAAGCUCUGGUAACUCAAUGGAUUGGGCUUAUAAAAAUGGAAUACCCUAUGCAUUUGCUUUUGAACUGCGAGACACUGGGCAUUUUGGAUUUCUACUGCCAGAGAUGCUCAUUAAACCAACCUGCACAGAGACCAUGUUGGCUGUGAAGAAUAUCACAAUGCACCUGCUAAAGAAAUGUCCUUGAGAGGAACAUUCGUCUGAUCUACCAACCCAGAGAAACCAGAUUCUGACCAAAAAGGCUCCUUGGCAAACAUAACUGUUUAGACUGGAAGGAUCCAUGGACCUUCAUGCAAUUCAACACUUUGCAACAACAGAAAAAGUAGGCCACAGCCUGCUUUGGUAUGAGAAGAAAAUCCACUUUUUAUCCCUUUAGAGUCUUAUUUGAUUACAAGGGGUAGGGAAUGUUUUCAAAUUCCUUUGUCUCAAAAAGUGUACAAAUUAAUUGAGGAUUUCCCUUCUCUCAACCGCUAUGACCUCGAUUAAGACCCACGCUACCAACAACAUUUAAUUACUUGGUUCUUAUUUGCAAUGGAAACAACCAACUGUAUUUCUUAAUAAAUAUGUAAUUUUUCAAA